AUGGGAAGAGGGAAGGUGGUUCUGGAGAGAAUACAGAACAAGAUCAAUCGCCAAGUAACCUUCUCAAAGCGCAGAAAUGGUUUGCUCAAGAAAGCGUUCGAGCUAUCAGUGCUAUGCGAUGCUGAAAUCGCUCUUAUCAUCUUCUCCAGUCGUGGCAAGCUUUUUCAGUACAGUAGCACUGACAUUAACAGAAUCAUUGAGAAGUAUCGUCAAUGCUGCUUCAACAUAUCUCAGACUGGCGACGAAGCUGGACAUCAAUCGGAGCAGUGCUUAUAUCAGGAGCUUUUGCUGCUGAGAGUCAAGCAUGAAUCACUCCAGCGAACUCAAAGGAAUCUUCUGGGAGAGGAACUUGAGACACUUAGCAUGAAAGAAUUGCAUAGCUUAGAGAAACAACUGGAUAGAACUCUUGCACAAGCUCGGAAGCACCUAUCACAGAAGCUGGUGUCAAGAAUUGACGAACUACACGGGAAGGUGGUGGCUGAAGCGGUGCAGGUGGUGGUUGAAGCGGUGCAGGUGGCUGAAGCGGUGCAGAUGCAGGUGGUGGUGCAGGUGGCUAAAGCAGUGCAGGUGGCUAAAGCGGUGCAGGUGGCUGAAGCAAUGCAUGUGGUGGCUCGCAGGGUGGUGGCUGAAGCAGUGCUGGCAGGGUGGUGCAACAAUUGGGGAAGCAGUGGACAAGAGAAAAGAAUGUGUUCCCUACCCCUUUUUUAG